AAGGCAAACAAGCAUUUCGAAAAUGGUUUUCACAUAUUGGAGAACUGCGGUCGAUUCAUCCAAAGGGAUCUAUUCUUGCUCUAAGUGCUACAUGUACGAAAAAAAUUUCGAAAAGAGUGUCAAAAAUCCUUGAACUGCAAGCAGACACCACUGAAAUCAGAAUUUCGCCAAAUAAAGAAAAUUUCAAACUUGUAGUGAAAAAGAUCCCGAACAUAACUGAAAUGGCUAUGGUUUGGGUAAUUGAUGCAUUGUGCGACAAAACUUUACCACGGACCAUUCUCUACUGCAGUUCCAUUAAGGAUGCUUCCAACCUGUAUUCCUACAUUAUUGCAGAACUUCCACAGUGUGCCGAGGUGCAGAUGUUUCAUUCAGAGACACCUGAGGACAUCAAAACAGAAAUUUUGAAUGAACUUUCAGACGAAGAAAGCACAACAAGACUUGUGAUAGCCACAAGUGCAUUAGGCAUGGGAGAAGACAUACUUAAAUAUUCAAAUGUCAUCCUAUAUGGUGCCCCAAAAAGCAUUGUUGACAUUGUGCAGGAAAUUGGGAGAGUGGGUCGUGAUGGGAUGGAAGCUGUAGCACUUUUGCUACACAAUUCUUAUCAUCUGAGAUCAGUUGAUAGUGAGGUGAAGGACUUUUUCACAACAACAGAAUGUAGACGUUUAUCAAUGUUGGCACCAUUUCUAUCAGAAGGUGAACUUUCAGAACAAAAGAAAAAGACAAGAUCACAUUCAUGCUGUGAUCUGUGUGCUGACAAAUGUGACUGUGGAUCUUGUGAUUUGAAUCCUUUGGAAAAACUUUUCAACGUUGAUAUUGAGGAAUUAAGUGACUUUAGUGAUCAGAAUUCAUCAGACACUGAAUGCUAUUAUAGUUCUCGCGAGGAAGACAACCUUGACACUCAUUUUUCCGAUUAAGUACAA